AUGGCGAAGGGAGUGCUAUUUGCAGAGAUGGAGGAUCCGGCACCAACUAGAUUUAGCGCUACGAUAGGCAAUUCAGUGGCGUGUGGACUCAGGGGUGCACCAUGCAAGGAUAGAGAGGGUGAUGUCAAGGAUUACAAGGAAAUGUCUUUAGCUUAUAGGCCUUCUCAUGCUGAUGCAACUUAUGACAUGAAAUAUGGUGUCAGAUCAGUGCAGGGCGGUGGUAGAUCUUCAGCAAGAGAAACCAUUGGAAGAGUCGCAGCUGGAGCUGUUGCGAAAAAGAUUCUCAAGCAAUUUGCCGGAACUGAGGUUCUUGCAUAUGUUUCUCAAGUGCACAAAGUUGUUCUACCUGAGGGCAUGGUCGAUCACGAGUCCCUGACACUGGAUCAGAUAGAGAGCAAUAUUGUCAGGUGUCCAGAUCCUGAGUAUGCUGAGAAGAUGAUCACUGCUAUUGAUACCGUCAGAGUGAAAGGAGAUUCAGUUGGUGGUGUUGUAACAUGUAUUGUGAGGAAUGCGCCACGUGGGCUUGGAUCACCAGUGUUUGACAAACUUGAAGCUGAACUGGCUAAAGCUGCAAUGUCACUGCCUGCAACAAAAGGCUUUGAAUUUGGUAGCGGGUUUGCAGGUACGUAUCUAACGGGUAGUGAACAUAAUGAUGAAUUUUACAUGGCGGGAGACGGUAAAAUAAGGACUAGAACAAACCGUUCUGGUGGUAUACAGAAGAGGCAAAACACAGUGACAAGAGAUAAACACGAAACAGAGCUAAUAGCUCGCGGCCGCCAUGAUCCUUGUGUCGUCCCUAGAGCGGUUCCCAUGGUGGAAGCAAUGGUAGCCCUUGUCCUAGUCGAUCAGCUAAUGGCACAGUUUGCACAAAAUUACAUGUUCCCGAUCAAUCAGGAACUACAAGAACCCUUCGGGUCGCCGAGGCAUGAACCUGCUAAUGUCUGAAUCCCUACACUUGAGAUUGGUCCCAUAUAAUUAUCAUCACUCUUUGCUUCCUUGCUUGCUU